UUGUAAAAUCUAUGCAUUCUUCUUCUUUUUCUUUCUCCAUCAUAUUCCAAUCAGAGUUAACACACACACCACCAUAUCAACAUGAGUGUUGCACCAUCAAACGACGACUUCACCAAGCGAAAGCUUUGGGGUGGUCGUUUCACAGGCAGUACAGAUCCAAUCAUGCAUGCUUUCAACGAAUCAUUAUCCUACGAUAAACGUAUGUGGGCACAAGAUAUUCGUGGCUCUCAAGCUUAUGCUCGUGCUUUGAUCGGAUGUCAAAUUCUCACUGAAGAAGAAUGCGAUCAAAUCGUUAAAGGAUUGGCUCUUGUAGGAGAAGAAUGGAAAAAUGGAACUUUUCAAGUACAACCGGAUGAUGAAGAUAUCCAUACAGCAAACGAACGUAGAUUGAAGGAAUUGAUCGGCACAGUUGCUGGAAAAUUACACACCGGUCGAUCAAGAAACGAUCAAGUAGCAACAGAUAUGCGCCUUUGGUUGAUGGAUGAAGCACAAGCUUUGGCUGCCUUGUUGAAAGAAUUCAUUCAAGUCAUCGUUUCUCGUGCCAGGGCUGAAAUCGAUGCAUUGAUGCCAGGAUAUACCCACUUGCAAAGAGCACAGCCUAUUCGCUGGUCUCAUUUGUUGUUGAGUCAUGCAUCCUAUUUGGUUGCAGACUAUCAACGUCUUUUGGAUUUGCAACCACGUAUCUCCGUUUUACCAUUGGGAAGCGGUCCUUUGGCAGGUAAUCCUUUCGCCGGAUUGGAUCGUGAUGCGAUCGCUAAAGAGCUUGGAUUUGAGACUGUUGGAACAAAUUCCAUGCACGGUGUCAGUGAUCGUGACUUUAUCGCAGAAACAUUGAUGUGGGCAAGUUUGACAAUGGUUCACAUUUCCAAAUUGGCAGAAGAUUUCAUCAUCUAUUCUUCUGCUGAAUUUGGCUUUGUACAAUUGAGCGAUGCGUACAGUACAGGAUCGUCGAUCAUGCCUCAAAAGAAGAAUCCUGACAGUUUGGAACUGCUCAGAGGAAAGAGUGGUCGUAUCUUUGGAGAUAUGGCAGGUUUCAUGAUGACCUUGAAGGGUAUCCCAUCAACCUACAACAAAGAUCUACAAGAAGACAAAGAGCCUCUCUUUGAUGCUGUUGAUACGAUCAGAAGAAGCUUGCAAGUCGCUACUGGAGUGUUAAGCACAAUGACAAUCUUCCCCGAAAAGAUGCGUGCCGCCUUGACUCCAGAUAUGUUGGCUACCGAUUUGGCCGAUUAUCUUGUCCGCAAAGGUAUUCCUUUCCGCGAAACUCACCACAUCAGUGGAAGUGCUGUGCGUAUGUCGGAAGAACGUAAAUGUCAAUUGAGCGACUUGACGUUGGAAGAUCUGAAAACACUCAGCCCAGCAUUUGAAGAAGACGUUGUCAAGGUAUGGUCAAUGGAAGAAAGCGUUGAACGUAGAAAUGCAACCGGUGGUACAAGUAGAAGAGCGGUUGAGGAACAAUGUGAUCGUUUGGAACAAUUGAUCGCAAGCACGUCCAAUAAACGAGUUCGAGUAGAAUAAUGGCAUUCCAUCAUGUAUGUUUAGUACAAAAAUUAUAAAUGAGAAAGAAGCAAUAGAGUCCAUCGUGAGGAUGCCAUGUGUGCGCUUUGCCAUUGUGAUGCGAAAGAU